CACAUAAAGAUGUGAGCUUUUCCAUGAGGAAUUAUUUUUUUUGAGAGAGAAAAAUACAAACUUUCUAGAGAGAGAGGUUCUGGUACCUGAAUCAACUGUGAUAUGCAAGUGAGAAAACGUCACUCACCAAUGGUGGAGUUUUGGCGUUUUCUCUAGGCAAAUUGGUAAAGGAAGGAACUUUGAUUUUUUCAUGAUUCUGUAGAGAAUUCAAAGUUUGGAGUCAAUUGUAAGAGAGAUUUCAGGUUUUGGGACAUAUCCCAUUUCUGCAUUUACAAUAUUUUUAUUGGUGUGUUUCUUUAUACAGCUAAAGAUGUGAACUCGGCCCUGGUACAUGAAUGCUUCUGGAGUUGGAAAACUAAGGGGAUCAAAAUUUAGGAUUUUGAUGUUCGUAUUCGUAUGAUCAAUUCAUUAUAGGAGGAAUCUGGAGUUGAAGUUGUGUUUUUUUGUGGUUUUGAAGAAAGGUUUUGCUUUCUAGGCAAAAAAUUUGGUUGCUUGCUGUUGUUGGUUUAAAAUUAACAGAGAGAGAGACUUUGGGGGCUUAAAGAUUUAAAACAAAGGGUCGUGUGUCUCUGAGUAGGAUUGCUUAGAAUGGAAGGAGAUACCAAAGAAAUGAGAUCCUUGGCCUUAACUCCAACAUGGUCAGUAGCAACUGUGCUGACAAUCUUUGUAGUUGUUUCUUUGAUUGUGGAGCGCUCAAUCCACAGACUAAGUAAUUGGUUGCGAAAAACCAAUAGGAAACCUUUGCUUGCAGCCGUGGAGAAAAUGAAAGAAGAGUUGAUGCUGCUCGGAUUCAUAUCACUUCUACUAACAGCUACCUCAAGCACCAUUGCCAAUAUUUGCAUUCCAUCAAAGUUCUAUGAUGGUAAUUUUGCUCCUUGCACUAGGUCUGAGAUUGAUGAGGAAGUUGAAGAUAAUUCUUCCCAGGGACGUAAACUGCUGAUGCUUCCCGUUCUUCCUCAUCCACUUCGAAGAAUAUUGAAUGGCUUGGAUCGGAAUACCUGCAAAGAGGGACAUGAGCCGUUUGUGUCAUAUCAAGGUCUUGAGCAGUUGCAUCGCUUUAUUUUUGUCAUGGCAAUCACACAUAUAUCUUACAGUUGUUUAACAAUGUUGCUGGCGAUUGUGAAGAUUCACAGCUGGAGGAUAUGGGAGGAUGUGGCUCAUAUGGACCGACAUGAUGUAUUAACAGAAAUCAAUAGAGAGAAGACAUUCCGAAGGCAAACAACCUUUGUAAGACAUCAUACAUCAGGUCCUUUGGUAAAGAAUAGUUUUCUUAUUUGGGUGACAUGUUUCUUCCGGCAAUUUGGGUGUUCAGUGGUUCGCACAGACUACCUUACUCUUCGUAAGGGCUUCAUCAUGAAUCACAACCUCUCAUUGAAAUAUGAUUUUCACAGCUACAUGAUUCGCUCUAUGGAAGAAGAAUUCCAAAGAAUUGUUGGUGUGAGUGGUCCAUUGUGGGGAUUUGUUGUUGCAUUCAUGCUUUUUAAUGUAAAAGGAUCUAAUCUCUAUUUCUGGAUAGCAAUCAUUCCAAUCACUCUUGUUCUUCUUGUGGGUGCAAAGCUACAGCAUGUAAUUGCAACCUUGGCUUUGGAGACUGCUGGUCUAACUGGACAUUCUGUGGGAGCAAAACUGAAGCCUCGAGAUGAUCUUUUCUGGUUCAAGAAGCCAGAAUUAAUGUUGUCAUUGAUUCAUUUUGUUCUGUUCCAGAAUGCAUUUGAAUUGGCUUCGUUCUUUUGGUUUUGGUGGCAAUUUGGGUACAAAUCCUGCUUUAUUAGGAACCAUUGGCUGGUGUACACACGACUUGUUUUGGGGUUUGCUGGGCAGUUCCUCUGUAGCUACAGCACCUUGCCACUAUAUGCACUAGUUACUCAGAUGGGAACAAACUACAAGGCAGCAUUAAUUCCGCAAAGAAUAAGGGAGACAAUCCAUGGGUGGGGGAAGGCGGCUAGGAGGAAGAGAAGGCAUGGAAAUUUCACAGAUGAUUCUACCAUACACACAGACACAAGCACAGUAAUGUCACUUGAGGAAGAUGAUCAUCAGUUGCUUGAUAUUCCUGAGAUUGGUGAUGGUCCAGUCACUCAAAUUGAGUUGCAGUCUGCUUUUAUUUCAGUUAGUCCUGGCCCAGUUGCCAACGAAACUUCAAGUAGGGUUGGCACUCCUCUUCUUCGUCCCUCAGCUUCUGUUUCAUCAUCAGAAACACCAAAUCUUAACGUGGAAGGUAUUCUGAGGUCAUCUUCUAUGCCAGUUAGAAGGUAAUAAAUUGGAGGUAUUCUGUCGUCAAAUUUAGGCUUUGCAGGGAUCCUGUAAAGUACAAGGGAAUGAAAUAGAAAGUAGAAAGUGCACGAAUAAGCUAACCUAGUAUUUUGAGGAGUUCCCUUUUCCCUCGUUCUUUUCAGGAUCCAGCUAAAGUAGGUACUCUUUUCUUGAUCAUAUGUGGUAUUUGCCAAUAUCGAAUCAAGGUUCAUACUAUACUCUUAGGAUUUGAGUCGUAGCAUGAGUACAUAGAAGAAGGAAAUCAAUACAUUAGUUUACUGUAAUAGAAUCUUGCUCUUUGUAAUAUUAACUUACAGGUAAUAGAAAUGAUGCAAGUUAUUAUGAA